GUACAGUAGAACUGAAGGCGGAUUUUGUGUAUCUGGUUCUUUAUAAAUGUAUUUUUAUUACGUGACUGAAGAUAAGUGCAAGGAGUAAGUAAUUUAAAUAUAUGGCAGAUGACGCUCUGUUUGAAUUCCUCCACAUGGAGAUUGUUGCUCUCGUGUACAAGGAGCAGGCGACCCGGGAGGACAUUGAUAAGGAGAGAGUGACAUGUGUCUCUACUCUAGAGGCGAUGGGCUUCAGAGUUGGACAAGGACUGAUUGAAAGAUUUACAAAAGACUGCCCCACUUUCAAAGAUGACUUGGACUUAAUGAAGUUCCUGUGUAAAGAUUUUUGGAGCACGAUCUUCAAAAAACAAAUCGACAACUUGAGGACCAACCAUCAGGGCACAUACGUCUUACAGGAUAAUACAUUUGCACUCCUAACUCAGUUUUCCAGUGGAAAGCAAUACCUUGAAGAAGCACCUAAAUACUUGGCCUUUUCCUGUGGGUUGAUUCGAGGAGCUCUAUCUAACCUGGGUCUGGAGAGCGUCGUCACUGCAGAGGUUUCUUUAAUGCCAUCAUGCAAAUUCCAAGUUGUAAUUCAGAAACUCUAGGAUGGACUAAAUGAGCUCUGAACAGCAAUGUUUCUCCAAUUAAAACUUUGUGAAUAUGAAUUACAUGGACCUAGAUUCUAAAUGUUUACAGCAUUAUAUUUUAUAUAAUGCUGUUUGCAGUUUCAAGCAUUUCUGCGAAACAGAUCCCAUACAUUUCACUUUUUUUUUUUCUUUUCUCCAUACCACAUAAAUUCAAAAUCUUGACCUGUUUGGAAAUAUUCUGAAUGCCGUAUUCUACCUCAGCUCCACUUAUUACGGACUAAAUUGCUGUCACAGAUAAUCAUGGAAACAUAUUUUCAUAAAUGUGACAUUUGUAAACUUUUGAAUAUUUCAUAAACUCGUAACUUCACUUAACAUGUUUUUGUCCACUUUUUUAUACUCCUUCGGCUGGAUAAGACAUUUUAAAAUGUAAGAUGCAUUCUUUUCUACAGCUUUAUUGUAAAAGGCAAUUAUUUAUGUAUAUUUGGGACAGUUAAUAUCUGUAGUUAUCUCAACCCAAUUAACUAAAGCCAUAAUUUAGUGUUGACACUUAAUUUAUUGUUUGGAAAAAAACAAACACACACACAAAAAUAAAUAAAAUAAAAUAUUGAUAAUCAUAUGGAGAAAAUGUAUGGAUUCUGGAAAAGCAGUUUUUAUUGUUGUUGUUUAAAAAUGUUUAUGGUUUGGGUUGGUUAAAUAGAGGCAUAUGUUUUAACUGGUCAAGUUUUCAAGGGAAAAAGAAAAUAAAAAAUCAAUCAAUUCACCAGAAGAGGGCAACCUUUGUCAGUCAGACAUAUGACAUCUACAGUAAAAGCUCAAAGAAUAAUAUUCUAUCAUACAACUUUGAUUUGAAUGAUCUUGUACAAGCUUCUAGCACUUAAGUUAGUCUGAGAACUCUUGUACUUUAUGCUGGUACUUUAGUUUAGUUAGGUACUCAAGCUUUGUUUUAAUAGCUGGUAGAGUUUUUCUGUGAACUGUGCUGGUUUGUUGUUGACUGCAUAAUUCUGGAGGAAUUUAUCAUUAUUCAGUAA